UGAGUUUAUUCUUCCUUAGAACUGAGACCUUCACCAAGCCUGCUCAGGUUUUCCUCUAUUCCAUUGGGAAAAUAUUUUUCAGCCUCAAGGUGACUCUGGACUCUUGAUGUUUUCUGGCAGACAGGAAUCCUCUGAUCUCCAUCAUGGCUACCCACACCUUUUACCACCACAGAGAAGAGGAACAGAAGGAAGAGAGACACCGCGAUUUACAAAUGACUUCACAGACAAGAAAGUCCAAAUUCAGGACCAGUGAAGAAGAAGAAAGCUUUACCUCUCUGGAUAGGACCAUCGCAUCUGCUCUUGCGCUGACGACUGAAGUAUCUUGGGAAACCAGGAUGAGACGGGAGGCCGCUGUACUAAACCUAGAGGACAGGGGAAAGAAGAGAAUUCGUUUUGGGAAUGACAUGGAAAAGCUAGAGAAGGACGUCAUCAGACAUUGCCGGUUCUUGCGGGUGAAGGCUGAUAGGAUGGCCCUUCGGAGGAAGGCUGAAGCGAAGGCACUACUGGAAAAGGAAGUGAUGGAGCUGUUGUCCUGCCGGGCACCCAUGUUUUGGAUCCCUCUGCGGGCUCACACGGUCUGGGAGAGGAUGAGCGUCACAUUGGAAUGCACCGUUCUGGCUAACCCUCAGCCAAAGGUCACCUGGUUUAAAAAUGGUGUUCGAAUUGAUCCUCGUGUUGCUCCAGCGGGGAAAUACAAAAUGAAGAAUGAAUUUGGAAUGCUUACCUUAGAUAUCAGGAGAUGCUCUUUGGAUGAUUCUGCCGAAUACAGCGUGGAAGUGAAAAACUCUUAUGGAGAAGCCAACUCAUUUGCAACCGUAUUUGUCAGGAAAUAUUAUGGGAUGGAAUCUGGAUUUGACUCAGAAAUCUAUAAACAGAGACUCAGAGACAUAGAAGCUGACUUUGCCAGCACAUUGAAGCCCAUCUUUGCUAGAGAGAAGGAACCGUUCACCGUCUUCUGCACUUUCACUUCAGAUCUUCAGGAAUACCAACGAAACAUUUCCUGGUUCCGUGACGGUGAGUUGCUGAAAGAUUCUGACCGCCGGCAAACAAAAUGUGGGGACCGGGAGGCAACCCUGACGGUAUCCUGUGCUUACAAGGAGGAUGAAGGCUUUUACAGCAUCCGCAUCCCAACACAAGACGGCUACAAUGAACAAAAAGCUUAUGUGUUUGUUAGGGAUGCUGCAGCUGCAACAGCUGGUGCUCCCGGAUCUCCUCUCCUCGUACAAUGUCAUGAUGUGAACAAAAACAGCCUCAUACUUUCAUGGAUACCUCCCAGUGAUAAUGGUGGAAGCCCCAUCAUUGGUUAUUACAUUGAAAGGUGUGAAAUGGGCACAGAUGAAUGGGUUCCUUACAAUGACCAGCUGGUGAAAACUUGCAGGUCACCAGUUUUGGGUCUCACAGAAGGAAAGACUUACCAGUUCCGAGUGAAGGCUGUCAAUUGUGCAGGAAUCAGUAACCCUUCGAAGGCCAGCAGCCCUGUGACAAUGAUCGAUCCCAAUGAGGCCAAGAGGUUGCUAAACAUUCCUUAUGACGAUGGGAUGAGGACAAUUAUAGUUUCGAAAGAUGAACUGGAACCUGAGAUUAAGAUCCCAUUGCCUCCCACCAAUGUUCAUGCCAGUGAGACCAGAGAAGAUUAUGUGAUCCUUUCCUGGGAUGAACCAAAUCCCAGAGGCAAAGAGCCACUGAAUUACUAUAUAGAAAAGUCAAUCGCGGGGAGUGACAAAUGGCAGAUGAUUAAUCUGGAUAUGCCAGUCAGUUCCACCACUUUCCCUGUCUUUGGUCUGGAGAAGGCAAAAUCCUAUUGUUUCCGAGUACGGUCGGUGAACAAGUAUGGAGUGAGCAAUCCUUCUUUGCCCAGUGACCCUAUCUCUCUGGGAAAAAAGAUUGCUCCGCUUCCACCCCCAUCUCAGGUCCUGGCUUUCAGAGAUACCAAGACAUCUGUGGUUGUGCAGUGGAGCAAGCCAAGAAAAGGAGAGGAACCACUGGGUUAUUACAUCUAUUGCCGGGAAGUUGGGACAGAUGAAUGGCAGACAGUGAAUAAUAAACCUGUCACUGGUCACGAAUUUACUGUUCCAGGACUCAAGACUGGCAAACAAUACGUCUUCUGUGUCAAAUGUGUCAAUGAAGCUGGUGUAGGAGAAAGCUCCCCAGAAUCUGAUCCCAUUCUUGUGAGACAGGCAAUCUCUCUUCCCUCCACCCCACGAGAUUUUGCCCUGCUGAACUGUGGGAAGGACACCAUGACCAUAGGCUGGAAGUCUCCAAAACGCAAAGGUGGUUCAAAGAUUCUGGGCUAUUUCUUGGAUCAGCAUGAAACAUCACAGACUGACUGGCAUGAGACCAACAUUAAGCCCAUUGCUGAACGGGUUUAUACGGUCACCAACCUGGACGAAGGACAAUUUUAUCAGUUCCGUGGUUAUGCCAUGAACAUAGUUGGCGUCGGGAAGGUGUCGGAGCCCAGUGAUAUUUUCAAAUGUGAGGAAUGGACAAUGCCAGAACCAGGACCUCCUUAUGAUGUCAGAUGUACGGAAGUAAGAGAUACCUCUCUGAUGCUCCAUUGGGAGCCACCUCUGUAUACUGGAGCGGGACCAGUCCGUGGUUAUUACGUGGAGGCCUGCGAGGAAGGAUCAGACACCUGGGAACAACUGAAUAAACAGCCGAUAUCAAAUACACACAUGAAGCUGAGUGACCUGGAAACUGGGAAAUGUUAUAUUUUCCGAGUGCGAGCUGAGAACAAGGCAGGUGUUGGCCCACCAUCACUGCCAUCAGAUCCUGUGAUAGUGAAAACCAAACCAGACACCAAAGAAAUUGAAAUUGGGGUAGAUGAGGAAGGUUUCAUCUACUUGGCAUUUGAGGCUCCUGAGAUGGUUGACACUUCAGAGUUUAUUUGGUCCAAAGACUAUGAAGGACCUCCAAAUCCUGACCGAGUUGAAAUUGUAGACAAAGAUGACAAGUCCAAGGUCAUUCUGAAAUAUGCUACAGAACGGGACCUGGGAACAUAUUCGGUAGAAGUAACUGAUACCGAUGAAGACAUUUCUGCCAGCCAUGUUUUAACUCAGGAAGAACUGGACCGGCUACGAAAGAUCAGCCAUGAGAUUCGAAACCCCUUAAUUGAGCUGAUAUCUGGAUGGAACAUUGACGUUCUGGAGAAAGGGGAAGUACGGCUUUGGCUAGAAGUUGAGAAACUCUCUCCAGAGGCUGAGCUUCAUUUGCUCUUCAAUGGGAAAGAGCUCUCAAGCACCCCGUCGCAUAAGAUCAACUUUGACAGAGCUAAAGGCCUUGUGGAACUGAUCAUCCAGGACUUCUGUGAGGACGACAAAGGCACCUACACCGCCCAUGUAAAAGAUGGCAAAGCGGAAAAUCAAUUUACUUUGGCUCUCGUUGGGGACGAUUUUGAUAAACUUAAAGCAGAAGCUGAUGCCAAAAAGAAAGACUGGAAAAGAAAACAUGGUCCUCAUUUUAUUGAACAACUGGCAUGGAAGGUCACUGAAGAUUGUGAAGUCCUGCUGACCUGCAAGGCAUCUAACAUGAAGAAAGAUACUUCUUUUCAAUGGUUCUUUGAUAACAAAGCCCGCUCAGAUGGUCAAUAUAAUCCAAAUACAGGAGCUGGAAUCCUACGGAUUAAAAGGAUUACCAAAGCAGACAAAGGAGUCUACAAAGCUGUGGUUUCUGAUGACCGCGGACAAGACAUAACCCAACUUGAUCUUACAAAGGAAGCAUUUGAUGACAUCCUCAAGGAGCUGGCCAGAAUCAGUAUUCUUUCCGCAUCACCUCUGAAAGUCCAGCCAACUGUAGAAGGCAUCAAGAUCUACAGUGAAGUAAAGUACUACACAGAUGCCAUGAAGACCACCUGGUACCACAAUGACAAGCGUCUAGAAGGAGGCGAUCAUUUGAAAAUAGGAACAACCGUGGACCAGGUUUGGUUGCACAUCCUUGAUCCCAAGGAGUCCGACCGAGGCAAAUACACUCUGGACCUCACUGAUGGGAAAGAGAUGCGCAAAUUGACAACUGACCUAUCUGGGAAAGCUUUCGAUGAUGCACUUGCCGAACAUCAAAGGCUGAAGCAAGCGGCUAUCGUGGAGGAGCUCCGUGCCAAAGUGGUUCGUGGCCUUCCAGAUGUUGCAACGAUCAUGGAAAGUAAGACUUUGUGCUUGACCUGCAUCAUCUCUGGAGAUCCUUACCCAGAAAUCACCUGGUACAAGAAUGAGAAGGUCAUUACCUUCAAAGAUCGGUACAAGAUGGAAGUGAAGGGCACCGUGAUCACAAUAACCAUUGAGAACGUCAGCAGUGAGGACACUGGGAGGUUCAGCAUCCUUGUGAAGAACAAGUGGGGCUCUGAAACUGGGAAGGUGACGGUCAGCGUCUACAAGCAGGGGGAAGAACCUAAGGAGCUGAAAGAGUAAAGCCCCUCUGUCUGAGCCCAGGUUCAGUUCAAAGGGCUGGAUCUGGUCCAGAGGACAUCACCCAAUAGAAGAGGAUGGUCCUUAUUCAUUGCAAGGAAAGACCCACCUCCCCAUCUCCUACCCUACCCUCGCUGCUUUCUGAGCAGACUCGUAGGCUUAUGAUAUUUAUAGAUAUUUAUAAGAGUCAACCUCCAGCCCCAUAAAAGGAUUAGCAUCAGGUCCCUUGGCCACCUCUCUGUGUUUUUCAGUGCUUUCAAACAUAUAAAUAGCAAUAGCACUUAGACUUAUAUACUGCUUCACACUGCUUUUACAGCCCUUUCUAAGUUGUUUACAGAGUCAGCAUAUUUGCCCCCAACAAUCUGGGUCCUCAUUUUACCGACCUCAGAAGGAUGGAAGGCUGUGUCAACUUUGAGCUGGUCAAGAUCGAACUGCUGGCAGUAGGCAGAGGGAGGGAAGGAAGGAAGGAAGGAAGGAAGGACAAUAGCAGUAGCACUUAGAUUUAUAUACUGCUUCAUAGUGCUUUAAAGCCCUUUCUAAGCAGUUUACAGAGUCGCAGAUUUCCCCCAACAAUCUGGGUCCUCAUUUUACCCACCUUGGAAGGAUGGAAGGCUGAGUCAACCUUGAGUCUGGCAAGAUUCAAACUGCCAAAUUGCAGGCAGCCAGCACUUAGCAGAAGUAUCCUGCAGGACUGGAUUCUAACCACUGCGCCACCCCAGCUCUUAAAGAACGUCAAGAGCCGGUGAAGAUACAGCCAUUACUGGUUUUAGCUCAAAAGACUAAUGAGGAGUUCAUACAUUUCAUUAAGCCAGGUGAUUCUCACCAUUUUGUGGAAUACAGGUGGUCCUCAACCUACAGCCAUUGAUUUAGCAACUGUUUGAAGGUACAAUGGCACUGAAAUAAGAGACGCAUGAGAUCACAUCUGCCACCAUGGCAGCAUCCCCACUGGUUAUGUGAUCAAAAUUCAGGUCCUGGGCACCUGAUACAGGUAGUCCUUGAGUUACGACCACUAUUGAGCCCAAAAUUUAGGUUGCCAACUGAAACAUUUGGUGUUAAAAGCGAGUUUGCCACAUUUUAUGACUUUUCUUGCCAGAGUUGUUAAGUGAAUCAUUGCAUUUGUUAAGUUAGUCAAAUGGUUGUUAAGGGACUCUGGCUUCCCCCAUUGUUUGUGUUGUGGCCCGUCAGCGGCCUAUGCGUAUUGUAGCGAUUCCAACAACAAGGAGGCUGGUGUGGUGCUGCGCCAGCAGCGUGUGCAGCUGGCGCUCGAGUCGGACAGUGAGGAGGCUGGAGAAGAUGUGCCAGAGGCGGGGAUUCAGCCAGGGCCUUCAGAACCUCCAGAAGCUCCUUUAAGUGAAGAGGACAAAGAGGAGGAGCCUCUUCUCAAUGCACUGGCACGCAGAGCUGUCAAAAGGCAGGAGUGGCCCCUCAGGAGGAAGUCUCCUUGAAAGUAAGGCUUGGGGCUAAUUGGCCACUCCCUUAGCCUAUUUAAGGAGAAAUGUCAAUUGCAGAAAGCUGUAGGGAACAACUUUAGUUCAUUCUCCUUCGCAUCUGGAUUCUCUGCAAAAUUGCUUCUGGGCUUUCUGCCAACUCUAGUAAGACUGUGAUUAUGUUAUCUUAGAAUGCUUGUAGGCUGUUAAGGAAGUUUAUUAAUAGCCUUUGGUUGCAAAAGACUGAGUUAUUUGAGUAAAAUAAUCUUUGUAUAGUUUUUGUGUGUGCUGCGUUCUUUGGGGUCGGUAGCUGGGGCAGAACAGUUUGUCAGAAGGUUGGAAAAAAGGAUCACAUGACACGGCAAUCCUUGUAAGUAUGACUCAGUUGCCGAGCAUCUGGAUUUUGAUCACGUGCCCAUGGAGAUGCUUCAACGGUCAUAAGUGUGGAAAACUGCCGUAAGUCACUUUUUUUCAGUGCCCUCGUAACUUUGAACGGUCAAUAAAUGAACCAUUGUAAGUUGAGGACCACCUGUAUAUAUUCAUCACAGUUACAACAUCCUGUGAUUGCUAUUUGCCACUUUCCCAGCUGGCUUUCGAGAAGAAAAAUCAGUAGGGGAAGCCCGAUUCAUUUAACAACCACAUCAUGCACUUAACAACCGUGGCAAAAAAGAUCAUAAAAUUGGACAUGACUCACUUAACAACCACUUUGCUUAGCAACAGAAAUUCUGAUCCCAACUGUGGUUGUAAUUCGAGGACUGCCUGUAAACCACAGUAGGAGGACUCCCGUGCUGUAUAAUACUACACUAUUAAACAGGAUGAAGUGUGUA